AUGAGUACCGUGCGCGAGAACCAGCAGUCCCCGGAGGACGAAGCGGUGGCCGUCGAAGACCGCGCAUCGUCGGCCGAGCCGCAAGCAGAAGAGCAGCCCCCGCCGCCGAGCGAAGCUGUGACGUCGAACGCCGCGACGUGCGGUGUUGCCGCGUCGUCAAACGCCGCGACGUGCGGUGUUGCCGCGACGUCGAACGCCGCGACGUGCGGUGCUGCCGCGACGUGCGGUGCUGCUGUGACGUCGAACGCCGCGACGUGCGGUGCUGCCGCGACGUCAAACGCCGCGACGUGCGGUGCUGCCGCGUCGUCGAACGCCGCGACGUGCGGUGCUGCCGCGUCGUCAAACGCCGCGACGUGCGGUGUUGCCGUGACGCCAAACGCCGCGACGUGCUGUCCGGCCAAGGCGUGCGGACUGGCGCCGUCGGGCGCCACGACGUGCGGGUCUCUGGUCGCAGCCCCGGCGCCCCGGGAGGGAGACGACGACUCGGCCCGCGGGCUGUGGACCGAGAUGAACGAGCGACCGCCGUCGCUGCCGGCGGGUCGCGCCCUGAAGGACCGACCCCGCGCGCCGUCGCCGACGCCGCAGCCCAAGGCCGUGACCCGCGAGCUGCUGGGCUCGCUGCCGCCGCCCUUCCCCUCCCGGGGAGACCUCUCCCUCUACGAGGAGGACCCCGCCGGCUCGCCACCCGCCAGCUAG